GUUGCAAUCAAACUCAAACCAGUCACCAAUAAUCCAUCUUCUGUCGAGCAUGAAUAUUGCAUUCUCAGGCAACUCAAAGGUGGAGUUGGAAUCCCCCGUGUCCCUUGGUUUGGCAGGGAGUCAACAUAUUAUGCCUUGGCUCUUGACCUCCUUGGUCCAUCACUGGAUGAUCUCUUCCUCACAUGCAACCACAAAUUCAGACUUCAAACUGUUGUCAACUUAGGAGACCAGCUGCUGUUGCGUCUCGAGUACAUUCACUCACAUGGUUACAUUCAUGGCAAUGUCAAGCCGCAAAACACUUUGAUAGAUAAUUCAGAACAAACGGUCUAUAUUAUUGAGAUCAGUUCCUGUUAA